GUCAUUCUUUAAAAUUGUCAUGUCAGUGUAGUGCUGUGUAGUUAUUUUAUUAUUUUAUUAAAAAAAAUGUCAGGAUCUAAGAAGAUGACGCUGCGGGUGCAGUCGUCCGAGGGUACGGCGCGUGUUGAGGCUCUGGACACCGAUGUCACGUCGCGCCUAUUUGAACGUGUGUAUGAAACCUUACGCCUCAAUACUUUCGGAUUUGCGUUGUAUAAAGACCGCGCGAAGAAAGAUGAGAUUACGUCGAGCAAGUCACGCCAGUUACGAGACUAUGGCUUACAACACGGAGACAUGCUUUACUUGAGUUCUGUAAAUGGCACAGUUCUCUUUGAUCAACCUUCUACAAGCAGUGCAGAAGUAAAAAUCAAGCCAGAUCAUACAGAGCCUGGUCCAUCAUCAGCAGAAUCCUCUGGUUCAACCACAAAGACUAAUCUCCCUGUGGAGGAUGAUGUAGACUUGGAGCUAUAUCGCCUUCCAGGAACAAUUCAACGACAAAGAGAUGAAAAAUUAUGCCGUCACAAUUCAAAGGGUUGCUGUGUACACUGCUCUCCUCUGGAACCAUGGGAUGAAGGUUACCUCAAAGAGCACAACAUAAAGCACAUGUCAUUCCAUUCAUACCUCCGUAAGAUGACAUCUGGCAAGUUCAUCACAUUAGAUGAACUCUCAUGCAAAAUAAAACCAGGCUGCAAGGAGCAUCCGCCGUGGCCGCGCGGCAUCUGCUCGUCGUGCCAGCCCGGCGCCGUGACGCUCAACCGACAGCCCUACCGACACGUGGACAACGUGCUGCUGGAGCACGCCGCGCCCGUCGACCGCUUCCUGGCCUACUGGCGCGCCACGGGCCACCAGCGCGUCGGCCUGCUCUACGGGCAGUACGAGCGACAUCCGGACGUGCCUCUGGGUAUCCGCGCUCGCGUGGCCGCCGUGUACGAGCCGGCGCAGGAGUGCUCGCGCGACGCCGUGCGGCUGUGCGCGGACGAGCGCGGCGCGCUGGCGGCGGCGCUGGCGGCGCGGCUGCGGCUGCGCCCGGUGGGCUGGCUCUUCACCGACCUGCUGCCGCUCGACCUGGCCGCCGCCACCGUCAAGUGUCUGCGCGGCGUGGAUACGCACUUUCUAUCGGCGCAGGAGUGCAUCAUGGCGGGUCACUUUCAGAACGAACAUCCUAACGCGUGCCGUCACGCCUCGUCGGGCUACUUCGGUUCCAAAUUUGUUACCGUCUGCGUCACCGGCGAUAGCAACAACCAGAUCCACCUGGAGGGUUACCAGGUGUCCGGGCAGUGCCAGGCGCUGGUUCGCGACGGCAUCCUGCUGCCCACGCGUGACGCGCCCGACCUCGGCUACAUCCGGGACUGCUCGCAGCAACAGUACGUGCCCGACGUGUAUUACAAGGAGCGAGACGCGUACGGCAACGAGGUGGGCGUGUCGGCGAAGCGGCUACCGGUGGCGUAUCUGCUGGUGGACGUGCCGUGCGGCGUCGCACCCACUACGCAACAGCCUACCUUUAACCCUCGCUCCACUUUCCCGCCCGCCAACCGCCCUCUGCAGCGGCACUUGCAGUCGCUACGCGCGCUGCACCGCCAGCUCCAGGAGGCGCCGUCCUUCCUCGACGCCGUAUCCGACUUCCACGUGCUGCUGUACAUGGCGAGCAACGAGGCGCUUCCGCUGACGCUGGAGCAGCUGCAGCCGCUGCUGGACGCCGUGCUGGCGCGCGACGCGGCCGCGGCCGACGCGUGGCGCACGGCGCCGCACGCCGCCACGCUGCUGCGACUCGCGCGCGCCGCCGACGAGUCGGAGUCGGCGGGCGAGGCGCGCGCGGGGGCGGAGGCGGGCGGCGCCGAGGCGGGCGUGUGGACGUGUCCGCUGUGCACGUUCCACAACGCGGCGCCCAUGGACGCCUGCGAGAUGUGCGCGAUGCCGAGGAACGCGAUGUAAAUAGAAGAAUAUCAGCAGGGGAGCUCACUUUUAUACUAAAGACAGCGCGCGGCGCCGGGAACUAGAAGUUGAUAGUCGCUAGUGUCGAUUUGUUCUAUUAUUUACUUUAAGACAUUGGAAAUAAAUGCUAUUUUAUUGUACCCUAUUCUAUUUGUAUUCACUGGAUAACGUACUGCGUACUUACUGUAACUUAAUAUGUACAAUUAUGAAGCUGUAUGUACAUUGUGUUUGUUCAUUUUGCUCUAUAUAUCUAAAUUAUUUAUUCGUAUUUUUUUUUAUAAUCUUGUAAUAAAAGUCUGUGAUAGCGCUCCGGAGCUCCGUCUUAUAAACGAAGUGUAAAAAGACGUGAAUGUCAAUAGUUAAAUUGUACUCAACUUCUUAGUUUUAUAUAAUUUCUAUUAACAAAAUUAAAUGCAAUCCUAAUAUGUCGAGUAGCAAAUCUCGAAAGGUGUCCAGUUAUAACUUUACAAAAACACGACACCGCGGUGCGUCAGAUGAACGUAAUAAUAAUAAUAAUAAUUAUACCCUACAUCUCAUAGAUGAUAAAGAAUGAUCCUGUGAACACAA